GUGUGGGGGGCGUGGCCACGAUGUCAGCCGCCUGUCGUGAUUGGCCCUUGCCCAUGAGGUCAGUCGGAGCUCAGAGUAUCCUGACCAUGCCCGGCGGAGUGGCUCACUCGGGAUACCUUCACAAGAAGGGGGGGACGCAGGUCUCAUUCUUCGCCUGGCCCUUGCGCUACGUGGUGCUGCACGCUGGCUGCCUCUACUACUACAAGAGCAGCACAGCCACCAUACCACGUGGUUCCUUCUCACUGCGGGGAUACAACAGGGUGAUGAGGGCGCUACAGGAGACAUCGAUGGGCAACGUUUACCCCUUCAAGUUGGUCCAUCACAACGUGAGACACCGUACGUGGAUCUUCUCAGCCGCGAACGAGGGGGAGAGGAAGGUGUGGAUGUCUGCAAUCCGGAGUGAGAUUGAGAAUUACCUUCGACCCCAGUCCAGUAAUGAAAGGAGGAAUUCAAGCAGCAGUGACAAGUUCUAUGAGCAAGUGGAGAUGCCUCUCCCUCUCCUGGACUCCACGUGGAGUGGUGGAAGUCAAGAUGCUGAUGAGUACGAUGAGGAUAGUGGCGAUGAUGACGAUGAUGGUGACUACCUGCAACCCGAUGACUACCUCACUACUCACCUGGAGAGUGGGACAGGAGGUGGUCUUUCACCACAACCAAAACCACAACAACAACCACCACCACCACAACUGCUGUUGGCAUCAUCACCAUCACCAUCGCCUGCCAAUAAAUUCACCGCCACCACCGCCACCACCAAAAGACCAGCGCUGAUGCCACCAAAGCCACCACCGAAACCACCACCACAACAACCACAACAACAACAACAACCACAACAACAACAACCACAACAACACCACCACCACCAGGAGCUGGGCUACUUCAAGCGGCCUAUAGCAGGCACCGCUAUAGGCCCUCAGCAGAGAUCUCCUCCACUGCCCUGGGCAGCAGUAGCAGCAGCAGCAGCAGCAUCAACAACAACUACAACAACAACAGCAACAACAACAACAACAACCGCGAGGGGGAAAGCUCUCAUGCCAGCGGCAACAACAACAACCAUCACCACCACCAAAGCACCACCACGGCCGCUGUCAAGGCCGCAGCCAGAGGGUGAGAGCUUCCACAAGUUACAAAUCGAUAGUGACUCUGAUGACUACAUUCAGCCAGAGGACGCGAUGCCUUCAACCAUCUUUCUCGACACCACAUCAGGAGAUGAGGCCGAAUGGAGAAUGAAGAAUGCUGGACUCACACAUGGACUCUACUGCAUCAGGAACUCCGCUAGCAGUGAUCAACAGGUGCUCGUCGUGUGGGAUGGGGAGUGCAGAAAGUUGAGGAACUUCAAAAUCUUUCGAGCGGGCCCCCUCGUGUCUCUGGAUGUCAGCGAUGGGGCCCCCCACUUCAAGUUGCUCUCAGGGCUGCUGGACCACUACAGAGUGGCCCCCCUACCUCGCCAGAGCUCGCUCAGACUCACACAGCCCCUAGUAGUGUAGUGUGUAGUGUAUAGUGUAGUGUAGUAGUAUAGUGUAGUGUGUAGU